UAGACAAAAACCAAUCAGUUCUAAGUCUCCCAGUGUAGAAAUUGAAUGAGUUUAUUAUCUACAAGUUCUGUAAAUUUGUACUCACUUGUAAAGUGCGAAGAGGAAAGUGGGAUGGGUCAAAUUCGUUGUUCUAAGAGCUUGUGUUUUCAGAUUUUAUUCUUACGGCACGGACACACCACAUCUCCCCCUACCUAGGUAUGGCCAAGCACUUAUACGAUGAUAUGCCUCCCAACACUUAGACAGCCUCGUUUGACAACGAGUCAACGGUCUUACUUGACAGCGUCAGCAAACACUACGACCUCCUUCUCUUGGACGAUGCUCCCAUGCGUCUGACCAAGUCGAUUAUUGAUGAACUUGAAACUAGGAGAUAUCUUAAGAUUGAGAAAAUGUCUUCUUCAGUGAAGCAUUCAAUGUAACGUCCGGCGCCCCGUGAACCGGGAUGCACACCACACCCCUGCCAAUGACCGAACGCGUGCUGAUAUGUAGGCUGCAGAAUAUCAUAUCAGGAAGCUCGAUGUUUGGAGCCGGGUAGCUCCGCGAAAAGCUGUCUCGAAAUUGGUGCUGGCAUGUUCCCAGCGAGUUCGCAAUUCUGUAUAAAGUCAAGAAAUGGUCCCAUCAUUAUAAAGGAAGUGGCUCCUGUCGACUUCAUACUUUCUCAACUAUUCCCCUCUAUAUAGCAUGGUUGACAAGAAGGUCUUCCUUCUCGCAGCAGUUCUGCUUGCUCAGAAUGUUCUCGGUAAUCCAUCUUCGUUCCUCCCAGGGCCGAUUCACCGCAAGUCUGAAUCCGCAGCUCCUCUAUCAGCAGAUUCCAAAAAAUCUGCCGGCAAGCCUCAAGCGAAAGUGGUGGACGGUGCCUACAUAGUUCAACUCAAAACUGAACGCUCGCUCACGAAGCGAGCCGCCGAUAUUUACAGUGAGUUUCACUUAUUGGCUAGAAAAGAUGCAGGUCUGGACUAUGAGGUCCGCCAGACUUUCUCUGAAGAAUCCGUCUUCGUCGGUCUGUCUGUCAAUCUUCGCGGAGGUGACGUCCAAGCUUUGAAGGAUCUGAACAAUGUUGCUGCCGUUUGGCCAGUCAGGACCAUCCCGGCUCCUUCGGCAGCGUUGCCACGUGACUUCAAGAAGGCAGUGAAAGAAGUCGGAGCAGAUAAACCUCUUCCUUAUGUUACUGGCGAGCUAGAUGUAAAUCGACCUCAUAUUAUGACUGGUGUCGACAAGGCACACGCCGCGGGUAUCAAAGGGAAGGGGAUCAAGGUCGGAAUCAUCGACACUGGUGUUGAUUACCGACAUCCUUCACUUGGUGGGUGCUUUGGCGAAGGAUGCAAAAUUGCUUUCGGGUACGAUUUUGUCGGUAAUGACUAUAAUCCAGAUCUGGGAUUUCCGCCUGCAGAGAGCCCGGAUCCAUUGGCAACGUGCGUGACAGGCGGUCAUGGAUCACACGUUGCAGGGAUUGUUGCAAUGUUGGACCAACCAGGGACCGGCUUUGGACUGGUUGGCGUAGCUCCUGAAGCUACUCUUGGAAUGUAUCGUAUUUUCGGUUGCGAGGGACGCUCCGAUGAUGAUAUUAUCAUAAAAGCCCUUCUCAGAGCUGCCUCGGAUGGCGUUGAUGUCAUCAGCAUCUCUGUCGGACACAUCUGGCCUGAUGAGGUGACCAACCCAUAUUCUAUCAUUGCUGAGAACCUGCUCGCAAAAGGAAUUGCUAUAUUUGCCGCUACUGGUAACCACGCAUCUUGGGGUCUCAUGAGUCCGUCAGCUCCAGCUAUCAGCUCAAGUAUCUUUGCGGUGGGGUCAGUCGACAAUGAGAAAUUCCCGCUGACCUUUCAACUCACGGAUUCUAAUGGCCGCCAUCUGCGCUAUUCAGCUCACCUUCCUCAGCAGUCCCCACCAGAUGGAUUGAUAGUCCAGGUUAUGCACUACGGUGCAGACCCAUCCCGGCAGACUGGUAAAUAUGUCGAAGAUUACGAACAGGCAGCAGCCAAUCUUACUCGUCUUGGAAUUGAUCCAGCUACAGUUAUUCUUGCGACUCUGUAUGGUGACUUCAGCCCUGCCGACAAAGCGAAAGCUGCAGCGACCUUCGGAUAUAAGUACUUUCUUCAGUAUACUACAGAAGAUCAAGAUCCCUUCUGGGGAAAAGAAUACAACAUUGAUGAGCCCGCGGAGUGGCCAGUGGAACCAAUCAGUCUUACGGUCCAGGAUUCGAAGACACUAUUAAGCAGCUUCGGCAAAAAGCCUUUCCAUUACAAGAUCUCACUCAGCACAACCGAGUAUGCUGCAAAGAGUGUCACUGCCUCAACACCUGGGACUAUGAGUAACUUCUCGUCUAUAGGUCCCACCCUCCAGUUGAACCUCAAGCCACAACUUUGUGCUCCUGGUGGAAAUAUUCUGGCCACUUGGCCGCUGACAUAUGACGGCUACACCAUCAUGUCCGGCACGUCGAUGGCAACACCCUAUAUGGCAGGUGCCUAUGCCUUGAUUAAAUCUCAGAAGCCCCAGUUGACCGUCUCCCAAAUCUACUCCCUGAUGCAAAAUACUGGAAAGACAUUGCCGUGGUAUUACAACAAUAACAUCAAGUCUUCCGCUGUUCAUCAAGGCGGCGGUCUUCUCAAUGUUCAGCACGCACUAGCCUACGAGUCGCUCAUCACGCCGAGUCAGCUCAGUGCUGGAGUUUCCAAGGAUUACACGACAUGGAACAAUACCGUUCGCUUGAACUUCACCAUUUCCAACCUCUCCUUGCGCAGCAAGACGUACAAGUUCUCCCACACGCCUGCUGCCAUGAUGCAACAUCUAUGGUGGCAGGACGAGACAUACAAUAAUAUGUAUCCGUUCUACGGGUCUGCAAAAUUCCCUGCUUCCGAGGUCUCUAUUCCAGGCGGACAGAGCAAACUGGUGUUUGUGGAUAUCGUUGCUCCUGUUCCGGAUCCCAUCACUUGGGGCAAUUAUUCGGUCAAUCUGUUGCUGCCGAUGUACACAGGGUUUGUGACUGUGACAAAUAAUAAUGAUGUGUUUACCAUUCCUUACGUGGGAGAGCUUUGGGAUGAGUCUCGAUUUCCCGGACGUGAUAAUGGCCCCCCGUCAUGAUGACUGCACAGAAAGGAAGAAAACGGCAAAGGUAUACAUAUCAUUUGGAGUGAAUAGGUUUGCCCCAUUUCUAGGUCUCAUUUUCUCUUUUUACACUGCACGAUUAUCCCUAGAGCUUCAAGUUUAAACCUACUCUUUCCUUGAGUGCACAUCAUUGUUGGCAAUUAGAUCCGACCACUGUCCUAUGUUGUUGCAUUGUUUGUUUUUGUGCUCACCUGGGCGUUGCCUCUGGGAUAUCAAAUCCUUAGACCUCCUUGUCAAUAGAUUUCUGAACUUAUCUCACACUCCUGUCUGAAAUCAGCUGCUACCUGUUGUUCGUUUGUAAUGUUUGGCGGUCACUAGAAUGUACAAUAAAAGCAAUCAAAGUCAGGCUUGGUGAACAGCAGCUUCUUAUGAUCAUCAUUGUGUUUCUAGGUAGCGGC